UAGGGUGGUGGUGUGUCAAACAAUGAAGGGUUGGAUUUUUUUAUUUUAUAAUUGUAUUUAAUGAUUUUUUUUUAAUUAAAUUACAAGUUGUUUAAUUCUAAGAUAAGUAAAUCAGCGAUUAUGGCAGCAACAACCCCAGAACAUAAAAUUUUCCUUCAGGACUUUAAUUUGAAAAUAGCCUUGGUGAAGUCAGUUUUUAGUGAGUGUUUAACGAAAAUUGAAUUAAUGAUUUGUCUGCCACAAUUGCUGGAUAACAAGGGAAAAAUUCUUCAGUUUUAUAUCCAUACUAAACCACAACUUCAGUUUUUGCUCAAUACAUUUUCAAAAUUGGGAAAGCACAAAAAUUCAAUGGACACAAUUGAAAAAUCGGAACAAUCAGAAAAAAAGAAAAAGCUUUGGAAUGGUCAAUUUUUCAAAAACACUAAAGUUGGCAAUUCAGUUAAAAUUCAUUCUGUCGCUGCAAGGGCCGUGGACGUUUUAACAAAUAGCGAAUGUCUUGUAAAACACAGAGAAAAGUACUUAAAAAACUUACCGCAAGGCGACAAUUCGUUAAAACUUGUUAGGUUUAUUAAAGACUUAAUUGAUAUUUACAUGGAAACUGCUUCUCUGUCUUGCCAGGAAUUACGAGAAAGGGACGAAGAAAUCAGGAAAGCUGUUGCAUUGAGUCAAGCUAUUCAACGGGAUAUUGUAGCAAUACAAUCGACACAACGCAGAAGAAAACAACAAUCUGAAAAAGAACUUGCUCGCAAAAAGGGUUUACUUGAGAAAUAUAUCUAUUUGAAAAAACAACUUGGCAAUAAAUACAGCAAAAUGUUACUGAACUUGAGGCAUUCGUCUGAAAGAGAAAUGGCAUUGGAGAUGGACGCAUCAAAAGAAAACGAAAACGACUUGGCACAGUUGGUUAUUACAUUAAAUGAAAAAUACAAUUCUCUGAUAAACAAUCAUUUAUUGAGAGAGAAGAAAAUCAAAAACAAACUUGGAAAGACCGAAGCGCAUUUAGCCAGUUGGAUUUCUAAAUAUGAUUCAGACAUUAGCGAGAAGAGACUGCAGUUGGAGGAUUUGCAAGAUCAAUUUAAGAACAUUUGUCUCAAUAUUGAAGAUUUGGAAGAUCAAUUGGAUAAUGUUGACAUGCUUUAUCGUCGAUUUAAAACUGAGGAGGAAUAUGCGCAAAGGGAGAAACUUGAAGAAACUGCCAUGCUCUUCUUGAGAAACAAAGCGGCUUUUAAAAUUCAAAGAUAUUGGCGUGUAUAUAGACAAAUGAAGUUAGUACGCCGUACAGGUAAAUAA